CAGCUUCUGUGGCUGGAGGGUGGCCCUGUCUUCCUGGCAGCCUUGCAGCCCGCAUCUCCCUCCCAAGCAGCCCAGGGCUGAUGCUUCUGCCCUGUAGAAAACCCCGAGAAAUUGUCUUGGGCUGUGGUGUGUAGCCAGCUGAUUUCCCCAGAGUGCCUGGGUGUGCUCUGGCCUGGGAAAAGGCUCAGCUUGUCUAAAAUGGCCACCUGCCUUAUGACCCACCUCUGGGCUGCUCAGAGCAGCCCCUUGGCCAGCCAGGUCCGCUCCCAAAUCCACCGCUCACUCUUAUGAGCCCCAGGGACUGAGACAGUGGAACUGGAGGCAGUGAAUGUGGCUGCAGCAUCUGUGGGGCAGCUCGGGGAUGUCGGUGUGCUGAGGUGGAGCAGUGUGGGCCAGGCUGUCUGCACAGAUAGGACAGGGCAGGAUGUAGCCCACCUUGUAUCCCAGCUGAGUGGUCUGGCAGUUAGGAAAAAGUGCUUCUCGGUGAGUCAUCUGUGGAAUAAACUACUUACAUAGGACCCAUGCGCACCUUCCAGAGCAGAUCUGUGCUCCUGCGUGGGGCAGAGCAGAGCUGGUGGGUCACUAAAGCCAAGAUUAGGGUUGUAGGGCUGCCUUCCCCUGUCCCAGCCUCUGCCUGCAAAUAGCCAGGAGAUUGGGGUGCUGGCUGAAGCCCCCUGCUCUGGUACACGUUUCCUCCCUGCCUUACAAAUGGGCCGCCUGCCCCAUACAGGUGAUGGAGGAGUGGGCUCUGGGCAAUUGAUAUUUGCUGCAUUUUCAUACCUGUUGCUCGGGAAGUGGAACGGAGUCCUUGAACGCUCGCUCCUCUGUUGCAUGGUGUGUGCACUGGAGGGGCUGCUCCAAGGGCACCUGUGUUCCCCCAUCCCUCCAGGUUGAGACUCUGAACGAGGCCACCUUCCAACGCAGCAAUGGCACCCACACUUGCUACUGCCCAUCGUCGGCGCUGGUGGAUGGCAUUCACAGCCAUCAUUGAGAACCUGCUCUUCUCUGCUGUCCUGCUGGGCUGGGGGUCCCUCCUCAUCAUGCUGAAAGCAGAAGGGUUUUAUUCCUACCUGUGCCAUGAGACAGGAAACACCACCAGCAGCCCGGAACACGAGAACAGCACAGCUUCAGAGGACAAAUGGCCCUCCUGCAAUGCCCAGGAUGAAAUGCUGAACUUGGCCUUCACCAUUGGGUCCUUCUUGCUCAGUGCAAUCACGCUCCCCCUGGGAAUUGUCAUGGACAAGUACGGUCCCCGCAAGCUGCGACUGCUUGGCAGCGCCUGCUUUGCUGUGUCCUGUGUGCUGAUCGCGUAUGGUGCCAGUAACCCAGACUCUUUGUCUGUGCUGAUAUUCAUUGCGCUGGCUCUAAAUGGCUUUGGUGGGAUGUGCAUGACCUUCACAUCGCUUACGCUGCCCAACAUGUUUGGUGACCUUCGUUCCACGUUCAUUGCUCUGAUGAUUGGCUCCUAUGCUUCCUCUGCUGUGACUUUUCCAGGAAUCAAGGUUAUAUAUGACUUUGGGGUCUCCUUCAUCCUUAUUCUGCUUGUCUGGGCAAGCUGUGCAGGACUAGUUUUCCUCAACUGUUUCUUCAACUGGCCACUGGAGCCCUUCCCAGGACCGGAAGACAUGGACUAUUCGGUGAAAAUAAAGUUCAGCUGGCUGGGAUUUGACCACAAAAUCACUGGGAAACAGUUUUACAAGCAAGUAACGACUGUGGGGCGCCGUCUCAGUGUGGGGAGCUCCAUGAAGGGCCCCAAGGAGCCAGCAGCCUUGCAAGAGAACAACAAGCUCUGUCUGUCUACGGUGGACUUAGAAGUGAAGUGCCAGCCUGACAAUGCAGCUUCUCCUUCCUUUAUGAAGAGUGUCUUCAGUCCUAUCUUGUUGCUCAGCCUUAUCACCAUGUGCGUCACUCAGCUGCGGCUCAUCUUCUACAUGGGAGCCAUGAAUACCAUCCUUGAGUUUCUGUCUGGAGAUGAAGAUCAAGUGGCUCUCUACACUUCCAUUUUUGGGGUAUUGCAACUGCUGUGCUUGCUGACAGCACCUGUGAUCGGGUACAUCAUGGACUGGCGGCUGAAAGAAUGCGAUGAUGGCUCAGAAGAGAAUGAGGAGAGCAACGCUGAGCGAAGUGACAAGAAAAAGAAAAAGCGUGAUCGUCAGAUCCAGAAAAUCACCAAUGCCACCAAUGCCUUUGCAUUCACCAAUGUCCUGCUGGUCGGAUUUGGAAUCACCUGUCUUAUUCCUAAUCUACCGUUGCAGAUUCUUUCCUUCAUUUUGCACACAAUUGUGAGAGGAUUCAUCCACUCAGCUGUGGGAGGCCUCUAUGCAGCUGUAUACCCCUCUACUCAGUUUGGCAGCUUGACAGGGUUGCAGUCAUUGAUCAGUGCCCUUUUCGCCCUUCUGCAGCAGCCUCUUUUUAUGGCAUUGACGGGACCUUUGGAAGGAGACCCUCUCUGGGUGAAUGUUGGCUUGCUUGGUGUGAGCUUACUGGGUUUUUGCCUUCCAAUCUACCUGGUCUGCUACCGACGCAGGCUAGAGAGAGAAAAGAAACAGAAGAUGGAUGAUGCCAAACUUUUCUUCAAAAUCAAUGGCACUCCCAAUGAGGAAGCCUUUGUUUAAACUGGUGCUUCUCAAGUACAGCCUCCCCUGUACAGGUUCCUACCACAUCCGUGGGUUCUACCUGUGGUGUAAAGCCAGGCUUUUUCUCUCCUGGCUCUGCCAGUCUUUGCUCAUCACUGGAGUGAGGGCUGGACAUCAUGACUGAGCUUUCCUCAGAUACGUGGCAGGAGGAGACUUCCCACUCCUUACUCCAGAACACAGGACAGUUUUCCUUUUUAUAAAAGCCACGCAGAUACUGUGUCUUAAAUUAUCCCCUGAUCACACUCUCCAGUGGCAGUCUCUGCAUAGGAAACUGGGGAGAGAAGGAAUAAAGGGAUGGGGGAAGAGGGAAGAAAGACCAUAAUUUGAGUUUGUAAAUGUAGCACACUGAAGUCUGCUUUCUCCCCCUCUUCCCCUGACCUUGGCUGACAUUGUCUCGGAUGUGAGCUGCACUCUCCUCCCUCCCUCCCUGAGGCUUCAUAAUGGUCUUUCUGCUUGAUAGGUAGCUGGACCCAGUGGUUUUAAUGUCUAUCCAGACAUACCCCAGACUGUUUCUGCGGCAGGGAAGGGGAUUUUACUCCUAUGUGUAUGAGCGCAGCUUCAGUGUAUUGCUAGAUGUUGGCUGCUAGCACUGACAGCUCCCAAACCUUUUAUUAUUGCAAACAACACAGACAGCAGUGGAUCUGCCUUCCACACCGAAAUGAAGAGUCUAACGGACUGCUUGGUCCUAGACCAAGCCUUCAAAGGCCCGGAAUUCCUCCUCUUCCUGGCCUGCAAACCACCUGUACGUGUUUUUAAACUGUCUGCAGUCCUGGAACCUUUAAGAUAGGAAUUGGAUCUUGUUUACCGAUGAAGUGCUUUGAGACUUGUUGCCUUUUGCUGCCUCUUCCCUCCAACAUGACUCCGGGAAGGGAGCAGCAGUGUGUAAAGUGGAGAACCUUCUUAAAGCUGAGUUCUGUGGCUCCAAAUACCUUGGUGUUCACAUGUCGUGAACUGACUUUCUGUUGAAAAGAAUUGUGCAGAACACUCCUUUGUGUCUGGUAACUGGAUCCUGUGGACAUAUGGCAGGGUGAUGUGGUGAUGUAAUUCUUCCUCUAGCCAUAGCUUAUUUACAUUGUCCUGAUAAUAGCCCCCAAGCUGCUGAACACCAGGUUACUGUGACUGACCAAAAAGCUGCCGGUUUGGCUGUACUAAGAGCCUUCUGCAACAUUGAUGCUCUGUCUGGACAGAGUAUGUGGUGAUUGUAUGGUGACACUGACUUACAGAGCAAUAGAUGUGUAUAAAGGUGCCCCAGGCUUGUUCACCAUGGAGGGAAUACAAAGGGAAUUCUUAACCUGCUUAUUUUUAUAGAGGUUUUCCUAAGUCGUUUAAAGUUGACUUUUCAGCCCUUAACCUUGUUGAGGUCAGUAGCUCAGCCUCUGUAGCCUUGUGACUAAAUCACUGCACUGCGUGGACCUGCUGGGAGCAGGACCUGUGCAGUGUUGAGGAUGAACGUACGCGCGCUGGGCUGGGCUGAGCUAGUGGCUGCAGGAGGGUUGGGGGCAGAAAUAAAUCAGUUAUGAAGAUGGUAGUGGUGGUGCUCUCUGAACUGUCAGCUCCUGCAUUACUGCAAAGCCUGGCAGGGGCUGAGUCAUUCAACUUCUUUAUGUCUGGUCGGAAAAGUGCAAGAGUCAAUCGCUGCCCUGUUAGCUCUAAACUGGGGAUUAGAAACAACAGUGCACACAGACCUUCAUUUGAGAAAUUACCUGGAAACUGGGCGUCGGUUCCUUUGCUGAUGGUUUGAAGCGUGCAGACGCCCAGCCCUGCCAGGUCUUCACCUUCCCAGAAGAGCCAGCUCGGUGACCUGUUUCGCGGAGCCGGGGCAGGAGGGGCUGGCAGCCGGCGGGUCCCUGGCUGGUGGCCGCCAGCCCCGGGCAGCUCUGCGGGACAGCAGCGCCAUCUCGAGUCACCGCCUCCGGCGGGCAGUUCGGGUGCCACUCCGCUCCACGGUACCUUCUAGUCUUCAGACACUCGUUUGGAAAUGACUUGCCACUUGAGUAUUUUACACAUCGUGGAUUUUUUUUUUUUUAAUGUGUUGCCUUUAUUAAAUGUGUUUGUCCCAAGACAGCUUUAUCGCCUGCUGUCAACACUUUAUUCUUCUAGAAGUUUUUCUCUUUUGUUGGCCUCUAGCUUUGGUGAUGAUUUUAUGACCUUCCCAGCUUUUCUUUCUUUUGCGUUGAGCAAUAAUUAAGGAGGCAGUUUAGAUUAAUUUUUGUGUUCACCUGGCAUUUUCUCAAGUACAUGUUCAGAGACCCACCAGCAGUAGUACAGCUUGCCUAGAUUUCCAGAGGGCUUUCUGCAGGUUUCUGCAUUUCGUAUUACUAUACUUCUAAAUAUUUUAAGAAGAUUCCUACUCUUGCUCUGAGAUAUUUGUGACAUGACAAUGACAGAUUAACUAUCUUUUUUUAGUAAGAGCUCAGACAGGUGAGUGUCUGAGCCACAGUCCUCAGGCUCAGUGUCUUAAAAUAGAGACAGCUGUUGGAAGGUGUCAGUGUGCUAACUCAGCAUUGCUUCCACCUCAGUUUCAGAAUACUGCAUGUGAUAGCUUCCACUCUUGUGUCACUCAAAUUCCUGAUAUAAAUGGCUUUGCAAAGUGGUGGAAUACAGAGUGGCAGAUUUUCCUGAAGUCACAGUGGAGGUGAUGCUGCCUUUGCAGUACAUGCAGCUAAAUUAAAGAACGCCCUUUCAUUCCUGCCAUCUGCCUUCCUACUGCAGUUCCCUGUUCCUGCCCUUUAUUAGGAAUAUCCUCUAACCCAGUUUCAUCUGAUAAAAUGGUGAAUAUAUGUGGUCGGUGUCUCCGCUGAUGUGCCAUGGUGUUUAGAAGCUGCUGGUCAGCUGUGGGGAAUAGAGCUCAUGCCUUCGAUUCACAGUUUAAAGCUCUGCAGACGGAGAAUAAAGCGUGCCUUUGGCUUGCAGGCACCAGGACUAGGGGGUGCACAAGGGAGUUUUAGUUGUUCGGAGUUGAACAGACAAACGGGAGUGCUUUCUCGUGCAGUGCCAAGUCAAACUAGAAUUCACUGCUGCAGAACCUAGUGGGGAACAUAAGUAUAACUUUUCAAAAAGGGGCUGGUUAAACAAUGGUCUGAUGCAUCCACUAACUCAGGGAGAUUUUAAGUUGCUGUAAAUAAGAAAGUUAUGCCAACGAAAGAUUACUGUUCUACAUGUUCUGUCUCUUAAAAAUUGGUCAACGAUGGGAGAAAAUACAUGCUGGACUAGGCGAAACACUGCUCUGAUGUUGUGGGGUUUAAUUUACUCUGACAAUUGUAAACCAAAUUAAUUUCAAAAGGAGUCUCAAAUUUAUCUAGCAAAAAAACCCUCUUAUCUGUGUGCAAGAUGUGCAAAUACUCUACUGAUUGUGGCAUAACUGCUUAAAUACCGCACCUCCUGCAGGGGUGAGCCCCUGGGAGGACAGGGUGUUCAGGCUUCAGCCUCUUCUAAAUGUUGUCUUGCACUGUGCAAAAACAGACACUUGGGAUGGUCCUGUUAGGCGUGAUUGUUCAUGGGCUGUUUGCCUCGUUCUUUGAUCCUUUGGAGAUGUAAGCGUGGAUUACUUAUGUUUGGAGCGGGAAAACAGCAUUGCUGCUUUCUAGCCAAAGAAUGCAGGACCAAGAAGAUUCCUCAUGUGCUCUUCUGUGUGCAUGAGCCACCUUGUGGAAAAAAUCAACGGGCUACCAAAGACCAAAGAGAGUCACAUCGAUUUAAAUCAAUAAUGCAUUUACCUGUAUAGCUCAAAUACAGGUCAUUGUGUUUAACUUACUUUUGUAAUUCUUAAUGCUAGAAUUUGUAGGGGUGUCUUUUAUGCCUGUUGUACCCCCUUACCCUCAUCCAUAUGAGAAGUACAAGGAGGCUGGUCAUGAGAGAGACCUCAUCUCCUCCACAGAGGCAUCCCCAGCUGAAUGUCGUGAAGCAGAAACCUCAUCUGUGAGUACUUGCUGUUUGUAGGAGCCCUCAGUCAAGGAUGUUGCUGUGUGGAGGUGCUUGCACCUUCUGGAAAUACUGCUCCUGGCCUCUACUGACUUGCAUGCAUUUAAUAUGCAUCCAUAUUUUUUAAAAAAAAUAUUAAAAAAUUAGAAGAGUGGGCAAGGGAAGGAUGACAGCUUCUUUCUUUUUACUGAUCUGUUAGUCCCUAAGCCUCAUCAAUACAAUCUUUAUAGCUCCAAUGCAAUGAUGCUAUCAAGUAGCAGAGAAAAUCUGUGCUGUUUUGCUUAAUAGGACACUUACAACUUUAUUCAGUUACUGUCACAGAGUAUCUGGAUCCUUGAGAUGAAACUGGACACGGAUGCCUGCAAAAAAAAAAAAAAAAAGCAAAUCUUGCUGAGACUCCAACUUAACUGCAAUGCUGCUACAGUGAUCAAAAUGUUCAACUCCCACAACAAAGCCUGGCCUCUUCAUGCUAUGCCUACAGUGGAAAAUUGUAGGAGAAUGAGAUUUUAACUAAGUCAGUAAAUCACUGAAAUGUUUUAAAGUAGGAGAUUUCUUUCUUGACAGGCUGAUGAACUUGGAAAAUAUGCCACAAAAUAUAAAGCAAAUACUGCAGGGUAAAAAGGAUGAAAUUAUAAUGGAAACUCGUAUUACAGUAGGAUUCCUGAUGAGAAGGGACUGUGUGUUGGGUUUUUUGUUGUUUUUUUUUGUUUUAUUUUUUUUUUCUAAUUAAAGCUAUGUCUGACUUGUAUUUCACAUUGUUAUCUUUGGAAUAGCUCUGAAACAAUGAUGUGUUAUGUAGAUGCAUUAUUACAUGUUAAUUAUAAACCCUCCAAGUCCUUGUUUCUCUCCCAGUGCUGCCCAGCCUGUCUCUGCGCAGUGUUUUUAUCAAGUGUCCUAUGCUCCACGUUGUCAUCGUUCCUGCUGCUGCUUGUCACUUCCUUGUGCCUGACCCUGUCACUUGCUUUUUACUCUGGGGAAAAAAAAUCCCCUUUUUCAGAAAGCCCCCACUUAAUCUGACAGCAUUAGGGGGUCCUGUUCACAACAUUUUUUUUUGUAUUGUUUGUCAAAGUAGAAUUGUAAGCCCCUUGCGCCCGGCCUGUGUCAUCUUUUCUGUGUUUGUAAGGUGAUGUGUGUUCUUGCAGUACUAUCUAAAAAUAAAUGUGGUAUUAAGUUAAUCAUUAGUUUUCUUUUUGAGGCUGAAAAUAAAGGUAUUGCUUGGUUCCUAAUGA